UCGCUUUUGCAUUUCAUUCCACGCAGGGCCGAGUCAAGAAAAGCACGAGCGAUGUGAAGGUCGCGUUUACUUGUCGACAGACUGUCCGCGACAGACUCGGAAACCACCAAGGAAGUGAGAUAGCGAGCGUCCGGAGCGGACAUGGCAGCCAAGACCAUUCUGAUCGCCCUGCCGUGCGGCCCCAGGGAGAAACUGCCCCUGCCUCCCAGGGUGCCAGCCUUUUCCAGAACAAUCGAACGCAUCAAAGUCGAACCUGCCGACGACGAGGGAUGCCAGAGAAUCGUCAGGAAGCGCAAAAUCGACUGCCUUUCCAUCGAGGAGAAAAUUUUGAGAAAGAAAAUGAAGAAUCGCGUGGCCGCGCAGACGUCGCGGGACAAGAAGAAGGCCAAGAUGGACGAACUGGAGCAGCAACUGGCCGAGGCCCGCGCGCAAAUCGAGCAGCUGCGCGCUGAGAACGCCGCCCUGCGCUUGGGCGGGUGCACCAGGUGCGGUGAGGAGGUGUCGAGUCGCGGACCCCAGGACUUCGUACCUGCCGUGUCGAAACCGGAACUCCCUCUGCAGAAGGGCAGGGGACCCCGGCUCGAGACCCCCUCGCUGGCCUGGUGCUCCGCCUGGGCCUUGCUGCUGCUGCUGAUGGCGCGCAACCUGCAGAGCCCCAAGACCCCCGCCGCGGAGGAGGUCCCGCGGGAGCCCCCGCUGGACCGCCGGGUGGUGCGCGACCUGCGGGCCGAGAGGCUCAAGUGGUGGGGCUGCCAUCAGAACUCGUGGAACCCGAUGAAGAUACGACCGUGACCUCUGACCUCUCCGUGACCUCCUCGUCGAGCCCCUGUCCGAGCACACUGUCAGCUGAGGACGAGCAGGAGCUGUUGCAGAUGCUGAGUCAGUUGCCGAGUUCCCCCGGCGCCGCCGACCCUGGCUACGAGUCGGGCCUGCCCUCGCCCUACAGCGAGGCCGAAGACCUCGAGUUCCUCUCCGAGCUCUUCCCGGACCUCCUGUGAAUAAGUGGAAUAAUGAACUGGGACACUGACUUGACACCAGUGACAGCAUCUCUUCUCCUCAUCUCUAGUUUUUAAGUGUUUGACGUAAUUUGUGUAUUUUAUAUGUUAAUUUUAUGGGCAUGCUAAUUGAAGAUGAGCACUUUUCAAUGCGAGUGUUAAUUUUUAAUCAAAAUCACUACUUUGGAAUUUAAUUGAUGUUUAUUACAAGCUUAUGUAAAGCUAUAAUACUAAUAAACAAAUAUAUAAUUAUGGGCUUGACAAGGAUGAAAUUAUCAUUAUUUUUUAAUUUAAAUAACAUUUGAUUAUAUUUUAAAAUAAAUAAAAAAGAUUGAAUUGCUA